AUGAGCAGACGCCGGCUCCCCGCAGACCUCCCCCAUGACUUCCGUUAUCCGCUGAUCCCUCAUGAGAAUGAUCGCGAGUCUUUCGCUGACUACGACCUAUACGACGAUGAUGGCGGUCGCUCUAGAGAUCCCCUGGUCUACUCGAACUACCAGCCCCGCGAGAGGAGCCCCGCUCCCCAGAUUGUGCGUGUCGCUAAGCAGCCUGAAAUAGUUAGACGGCAAUCCCUCCGCCCAUUCUCCGGCGACUGGGACACAUUCGACCCUGUCGGUCCGACCGGCGAUUCAAAAGUACCGGGGUCAUAUCAUGACACAGAUGCAGAGGAUAGGGCAACUAAGAUAAUCGAUGCCGUUUCACGGAGCGCUUCUACACGCGCCAUCGAUGAGGCGGAUCUGUACUCCGAUGACUCGGAGAACGUGGAUUUCGGGCGCGACGAGCCUUUGGUCUUUCCACAACUCCCGCUGGAGGAGGUGGUUCAUGAGGUGGCUCACAUACUACGGAGAAGAUCAAAUCCCGCCAGCGAAGGCUAUACCUAUAUCUUCGCAGACCACACCGGGCGCAAUAAAUUCUAUAAGAUUGGCGGCGCAAGGAAUGUCUCAGACCGUGUGAACGACCAUCGAAAUAUCUGUAAUAUAUCAUAUUUCAGUGUUCAAAAGAAACCCUCCACGCCUCUCCGGCAGUACAAACGCUUGGAGAAACUGGCACAGGCCGAACUAAUCAAUAUGAGCUACGAUCCCCGCUGCGUCUGCGGAAUUCAACAGCGCCAGUACUUCUGGGGAAGUGAUAAAACUGCUUUUGAAAUCCUGGAUUUCUGGUCCAAAUGGCUCGGGAAUCACGCCCCCUAUGAUAAGAACGGUUAUCUGCUACCGUUCUGGGAGUACCGACUGAGGGUGUUUGAGGCGAAUAUCGAUAAGAACUUCGACUGCAAUGGACCAAAAUGCAUGAAGCAUACCGAAGACACCGUGGCGUGCCCAAUCUGCCUUCGAACGGGAUGGAAAGCAUGGGCUGAGCCGUCGGGACUCGACAAGAUCGAAUUCGUCUCACGGACGCAGAUCAAGAUUCAGUGGGUUCACAACGCUCUGCUCUACCUGUACAAAUAUAUUCCUAUACAGGACAGCGUAUGGGUAUACUCCAUCGACGGCAUAGCGAGCGCAAUCUCCAUGUGCGAUCGGUUCAAGAGCCCUGAAAUACUCCUCAACCUACUGUACGCUCGGCUUUUGAUACCCAUGAUCUGGUCGACACUCUUCACGACUGCCGACUACGUCUCAAUUCUUGGUAUCUUUGAAAUCAUAAUAUUCUCGGGAAUUUACCAGCUGGUCAGAUUAGAGCUAGCUCAGCUUGGCGUACGACGGCGUGGUACUGAGAGAUCCAGCAAGGACGGCCGCCAUGUCCGGCGAAAAGCUCUCCCUUCCACUUCAGGUAGGGCUGUCGAUGAAUCAAGUGGCCGGAAGUCUUCGAAAGAGCCGAGUAUUCUUGAAAUUCCAGACGAACGAGUUGAGAACAUCCUGCAGCGAUCAGCUCCAAGCAGCGUCAACGGCAACACGUUCGGACCAGUGCAGAUGACUCUUCCUAGCGAAGCAGCUGCACGUCUGAAACGAUAUAAGCCUGGCAGGCGGAGGAGUGACUUUGUAUGA